AUGUCUUCACAAGAUAAAGACUCGCAGAAUCGUCCUCGUGGCCGACCCGAAAAGGACCAGACGGGACCGACAGCUGAGCCAGAGCCAACGGGUGGUAAAAUUAGGUCUAAACGAGGUAAAGGUGGAAAAGCCGGUACAGGAGGCAGCCAAAAGAUGUCAAAGAGCGUGAAAGCAGGUCUCACAUUUCCAGUAGGUCGUAUGGGACGCUUACUGAAAAAGGGUCGCUAUGCUGACCGUGUAGGUGCAGGUGCACCAGUAUAUCUUGCCGCUGUCAUAGAAUAUCUCACUGCCGAAGUUCUCGAACUUGCCGGCAAUGCUGCGCGCGACAACAAAAAACAAAGAAUCAUCCCUCGACAUCUUCAAUUAGCCAUACGAAACGACGAAGAAUUGAAUAUUCUCUUAAGGAACGUCCACAUCGCUGAGGGUGGCGUGUUACCAAACAUCCAUAUCGAACUAUUGCCGAAGAAGAAGGGCGAGAAGCCUGGACAACCAUCUCAGCCAACGCCAAAGAAAUCUACGCCGAGCAAGGCCGGAAAGACAACCACGGCAGGAAAAACCACCACAACGGCAAAAUGA